CCCGGUUGAAACACACUUGCCAACGCUAGCUUCGUUUCCUUUGAGAAUAGAUGGCAUUAUUAAGAUCCCACAGUCCGAUGCGGCCAAUCUAAUCAACCAUACUCUACCACUUGCCUCUGAGCCAGGCAUGUAUGUGAUUGGACUUGAUGUUUUUCAUCAACUUCAUUGUCUGCACCACCUUCAUAAAAAGGCCUGGGGUCAUGACAUGGGCCUCAACAUGAGUGACCCUGAAGCGGUGAAAAAUUUUUGGAUCCAUCUCGACCAUUGUUCUGAUUCCAUCCGCCAGAGUCUCAUGUGCAGCUCGGAUGUAUCAACCAUCCACUGGCGGUGGAAUGAGAGUAUACCGCGAUGGCAGGCAGAGAGCAGGAUCGUACAUACCUGCCGCGACUUUGAAGCUAUACGGAACUGGGCCUUUGAGGAACGGCCGGAGCUGUGGACUUCGAAACGUGGGUGCCGGAUCCAUUGCGAGGAGAGGUAUGAAGGGCAGACUUGGAUUAAAUAGAUGGCCGAACCACAUAUAACAUAUAACUAUUGAAUAUUGCUCCAGUACUAUAAACUAUUCAAACAAACACCGUAGUAGCCACCCGGUCUUCCUCCUGAAAGGAUCUUCUCGAGGUUCUAUAUAAGAUCC